AUUUUUGAACAAAUCACUAUCAUUUCACGUUCGAGAAUGUGCCUUUUUUAGUGUUUAUCAAUUUUUUUUUGUUCUUCUCUAAAGUGGAAAAAUAACAAAGUGACUUGCAUGUUCAAAUAUUUUCAGAUAUUAACAGCUCCUGUCGAAAACGUGCGGUAGAAGAAGGUCGAAAGUGCAGAAAAUCAUGCUCAGAUGACAGCGAGUGUACGUCAAAAGGUGGACUAAAGAAAUGCAGAUGUGAUGGUGCAUGUGGUAUGACCUGUUUCAAUCCAGAUGCUCCGUGCUUAUCAGAACCAGCUGUUAUUCCAAACGGUUCUAGAACUUGGAACAAACUUACUAUGGGAGGGAAGGCAACUUACCGAUGUAACACUGGGUUUAUAUUAAAAGGCGAUUUUAAAACCGUUUGCUGUGCUGACAAGGAAUGGCACGGUCCACCACCUACAUGUGAAGCUGGAUGUUUGUUACCAUCAAACAUGGGAAAUUCGUUUCCUAAUGUUUUAGAAGAAACUGCAGAAGUUGGUGAAGUAAUUCCUUUCAUGUGUAAUACAGGUUAUCAUAUGACCGGUGAAGGCGAUCGAACUUGUCAAGUAAAUGGUCAAAUGUCCCGUGCGGAAUAUUCGUGUAGUAUUCAAGUAUGCGACACUCCACCAACAGUUAGUAAUGGACACAUAAGCAUGGAAACUUCAUUUACCUUUGGAUCAACUGUAAAGCUAGUUUGUAACACCGGGUAUGAACCUGAAUCAGAAGUCACCACCCUUCAAUGUCGUGCCGGAGCUUUUAAUUCUGCUAGUGGAAAAUGGUCACCUGCCGAUCAUUUUCCAGAAUGCACAGCGGUAAAGUGCGGUUAUCCCCGUGAUCCAAAAAACGGCCGAGUAUUGCAUAGAGACGGUAAUUGGGAAUAUGGAAAUCGAAUUACGUACAAUUGCAAUACUGGUUAUAAAUUAAUUGGGAAUGAUAUAGCAAGCUGCGGAGCUGAUGCAACAUGGGGUGAUUUGCCGUUUUGCGAGAUCGACCCUAACUGUGGUUUUGAAGAGUUUUCUGAACCUACAUGUGGCUAUUCAAAUCCAUAUCCACGAUGGGAACGAAUAUAUGCCGAAUCACAAUACGAUGGAAUCCCUGGUUUCAUUAUUCGUGCUACCACAAGUGGAACAGAAUUGAUAUCAGCUGAAAUACCUGAUGACUGGAGUUCUGGGAAGAUGUGCUUACAGUUUCGUUACAAGUUGUUAGGCAAAUCAAGCCUACUGACUAUAUCAUCAACGUCAACCCCGUUCACAGCAUUUUGGAGAAAUCACGUCAAUGAGGCAAGAAACACUUGGUUGGAUUCUCUGGUGAACAUUGAUUCAUCAACAUCUAUCCAAUACAAAUUUGAAGCAAAUCAACCAACAGUUGAAUUGGAUGAUGUUCAAGUAAAAAAAAGUGAUUGUUUUGAACAUUGUAAGAGUUACAUUUGUCACAAUGGCGGAUCCUGCGUGAAUAGAGCAAACGAUUACACAUGCUUCUGCACAGUUGAUUUUGAAGGAAAAACAUGUGAUAAAGAUUUGAAAUGCGUCAAACCAGCCGAAUGGAUUCAGAAUGGUCAAUUAUUACGCAGCGAUACUAGGCCUCAUAAUCUGUAUAUUCCGGGAACAACUGUUACAUAUGGCUGCAACGCUAAGUUUAAAAUAUUUGGCAAAAAUGAUAUUCAAACAGAAGAAACAAUUACUUGCACAAAAGAUAGUUGGGGAGGUGACAGUUUCUGGCGAAGAAAUCCCAGGGACAUUAGAUGCAUAUGUAAGUAUAAUGAUGAAAAACCUAAAACACUCAAAAAUUAA